AUGGAAAUCACAUCAACAACCAAUGUAAUCUCUAAAUUGCUCCAAAUUGAAUCCCAAUUUUUGAAAUUCACCCACUCUUCAACCCUCGUCAAGCCCAGGAACAGAAAUCCUCCCCCUUUCCUCACCCACUGCUCGACAAACCCCAACGCCAACAAAAAUUCAACAUACGAGAGAAAUUCCUCAAAUCCCGAUUCAAAACGAGUCAAAUUUCUUAAUUCAACCCGAGUCUCAUUGCUCUCGAGGGGAUUAAUCUUCGAUUCGGGCCCUGAUCGAGAACUCCUGGGACGAGCUCGAAAUCGGUUCGCCGGUGGUGAAGAGGUUCAUCGGCGACGAGGAAAAGAGGUGGUGCAUGUGGUGCAGUGGCCGGUCAGCCCAGAACUCAAACGCCGUCUCCAGCAACGGGAUCCACUGGGAAAGUGGCGCCCAACGCAUCCAGUCCAGUUCCGACGUGGGCCUUGCCAUGGGCUGCAGCCAGGACUGGUGGGCCUUUGA